CUGCCUGUGUGCAUAUUUCACUUUCACUUUCAGUGAGUCUCGAGGGUGGACUGGGUUGGAGGUGGUCUCUUGGCUGCUGCUACUGGGCCGUCGGGCUUGGAUAAGACCCCGAACGGGAGCAGAAUUUUGGAAUAGUGUCCUGCGAGCGGGCCCAGGGAGCUCCCCGGAGAAGGGGGCGGGGGAUCCAUGGGACGGAUACCCCAGGACAGGGCGCUGGCACCAGGCUCACCGAGGCCAGCAGUUUGUUGCCAAUGACCGGGACCUGGAGGCCACGCUGAGCUGUAGAGGUCAGAGACUCCAUGCCCUGCGGGGGGCAGAAGCAGACACACUCUGAGGUCUGUUCUCAGGACCAUGCUCUGGAUUUUUGUCGUUUUCUUGAUAACACAACUACCCCAUUCUGAAGCUGUAAAAUGCUCUGCUGGCGAAUAUGAAAUAAAUGGCGAAUGCUGUCCCAUGUGUAGUGCUGGGAAUAGGGUGCUCAAACAUUGCAGAGAAAGCAGCAGCACAACUUGCAUGCCGUGUGUGAGCGAUACGUAUACAGAGCAUCCCAAUGGCCUAAGAGAAUGCAUGAGAUGUAAACUGUGUGAUACAGGAGCCCGACUGACGGUAAAAGAAAAAUGCACGUAUACGAGGAACACCGUGUGCGGCUGCGCCCCGGGGGAUUUCUGCAGGCACAUUGCAGACGGGGACUGUGAAAUGUGUAGUCCCUCCACCAUCUGCCUGCCUGGCUCUAUGGUGAAAGAACCUGGUACAUUAUUCAGUGACAAUGUAUGCGAGGUUUGCCCUGUUGGAACCUUCUCAGCAACCAACAUGUCACGCGCCUGUCAGCCAUGGACCAAGUGUGAAGAGGAAGGGAUGACAGAACAGAAGGCCGGGACAGCCACUUCUAAUGCAGUUUGUGUACAAAAAGGCCUUUCUGUCAAAGCGAUGACAUUGAUAAUUGUCCUUGCAGUCUUAUUUGUAUCUGCAGUGGCUGGAGCAGUCUACUUUUUAGGGUGGAGGAAGAAGAGGAAAUGUGGGUUCACACCUGCACAGGAGACAGGGGGUGAAUCUAAAGGACAGACUGAAAGACCUUUGUUGCAGAUUUUAGAGAAUGGGACUGAAAACGUGCCUACUCAGGAACAAACAAAGACAAGAGCAGAGGGGGAAGAAGGAAGGUCAUUGUCAGCCCAGCACAUAUGAUUGGAUUGGAGGCUUCUGAAAAUCCCUCUUCAUUGAAUUUCAGCCAUCAUCAUCAAUGUAACUUUAGUCUCUCUGGCUAAGGCCUGUUAUGCUGAAAUCUUCCUCACUGACACAUUGUUAGGUGGAAUGUCUGCAGACUCUGGGCUCUUGGGGCAUGUCUACACUUGCCAUUUAAAGCAGAAAAAAUGUCCUGUUUUGCACAAAAACUGUGGGAGCAUCUACACUUGCCAAUGACGGUGGCUGCUCCACAGAGCGAACGAUCGCCCGCUUGGACCCUGUGCUCACGCCCCAUUUACCACAAGACCUAUAGUCAAAAUGGAGAGAGCUGCACUGUGGGAUGCUGCUCUCACUGCGCUGCUCUCAUUGGGGAUGGAAAUGCUACAAAUGUAAACACUCUCUGAUGCCUGUGGAAGUGAGUACAGAAACCAGCACUUUUUUUUCACCGGUUCCCUAUCACCGGUGAAACUGUCAGUGCAAAAACUCAAGUGUAGCCAUACCUUCCACAAACACUUACCUGGUAUCCAGGACUCUCUACUGGACCACUUGCUCUUAUGACUAUACUGGACCAGGUGACCACAUAGUCAACGUGGCUUUUAUACAUAGCUUUAGUUUUAUAACGGCCACAGAGGGUGGGGACAGAAAUGUUGUAUUAUGUAAAUAAUAGCUCAUUAUCUCAUCCUACAUUAUAUCUGCACGUUUACUGUCUCUGGUUAAUCAGAUUUGCUUUGAACCUUCUCUAUGGGUAAGAUAAAAUCCCAGGUAAGAAGCAUGGUUGGAAAUAAAGCUAAACUGUUUUUAUGGUGAAGACUGGAGGGUGGACUGCACCAUCUUGCUACCCUUGAUAAAGCAGCAGUCAGAUGGCUGGACAAUCUAGGUAUGGAUUUGUGAUGCGUAUGAAAGAAGAAGACCAUGAAGUCACAUUCACCCCAGAGCAACUUUCCUGUCAGUGGGGAUAACAGGGGUUGUGAAGCUUCAUUCAUUAAUAUAUUUAAGCACUGCAGUGCUUGGAUGAGGGCUGUUACAAGAGAGAAAAGCAGCAUGAUUAUUAUUCUGUGGCAUGGUAGAAGUGGGUCUUGCGGAGGGAUUUGAAGGAGAGUGCUGUGGCCUUUUCGAUGAGUUUGGAGCAAUGAAGCAGGCAUACAGGAGCCAUGGAAGAAAGAGCCAAGGUGCUUGUGGGAGAGGCAGAUGAAUGGGUGAUGGAGGCUGCCAUUGUGGGAGGCGUGGGGAUGCUGGGGGCGAUGCAGUAAGAUACAGGAGCAAACAAGUAGGGAAAGGCUGCAUUAUGAGGAGUCUUAAAGGUAGGGAAGAGACACUUGUGUUCUAUAGAGAGCUGAAGGGUGA